AUGUCAGAUGAUAAAGACGAUCGCCCGGCAAAGCAACGACGAAUUCAUGGAAUGCCACUGCUCGACCAAACGAGUCAGAUUGACGACGAUGAGGAUUCUUCCAGCUCAUCCUCAUCGUCUUCCAUCACCCUGCCGAGAGCACGGCUUUCUCAUCGACUACUGAAUAAUACCGACACAUUGCAUACAGAAAGCUCUUCUAGCGACGAAAGCACAGAGGAGGCGGAAGAGAAGACGUCGUCGUCUUCGGAUUCUGAGGAUUCGGGCAGUGAGGAGACGUCAGAGGAGGAGGAGGAGGAGGAAGAAGAAGAAGAAGAAGAGGGAGGGGAAGACCUCGAGGACCAUGUCUCCCCGAGAGGCGCAGGAAUCCCACGUUUCACCGCGCUGCCCGCCCGAGGGUCGUCGGAUCUCAAGUCUCGUUUGCAGAAUUUCUUGCCACAGCUACAACGAGCAAAUGCAGAGCUCGAGGACUCCGGCCAAGUCUUUGACAGAAGGAUUGACCAUGUUCUAGACGACGCCGAGCAUUAUAUCGAGAUGGAGGUGGGCCUCGGUGUGUUGACUGCACAGAAGGACGACACUACCCGUAUAAAGCUGCCGUAUGCGCCGUCUAGCGUGGAAGAGGAUCGCGGGGACGAAGAUGAAGAGGUCAUCGAUGCACAUGGGGGGUUGGAGGACCGCGCCUUGUCUCGGGUGGUCGGCACGGAGGGAAGAAAGGGAACAAAGCGGAAAAUCGAGGAGCUGGGAUAA